AUGCCCGCUCCUUCUCCUUCGCAGAUCAGGCUGCGCGUGCUUCGGCCGUCCGACAACAACGAGCAGCCCCUCGACCGGCUCUGGACGCAGCCUCCGCCCGACGGAAUCUUGCUGGGCAGCGGGUCGGACGCCACUUUCAAGCUGCCGGACGACCCGGAGGUGGACGCAGCUCACGGCACGCUGGAGCGCACCUCCGGCCGCGGCGUGUGGGUCUACAGCGACCACAGCAGCGGCGGGUCCACGCUCAAUGGGAAGCUCCCAGUGCACGAUGACGCAGUGGUGGUGCACCAUGGAGACAGGUUAAUACUGGGCCACACGGAGGUCGAGGUGAGUUUUGAGAGGGUGGACAAGACGGAGGGAGGGCCGGAAGAUGGGGAGCAACAACAAGAGGAAGAAGGAGAAGUACAGGAUAAGGAGAAGAACGUCGUCACCAAUCAGGAGACGGAACCUCUGAGUGCUCGGAGCAUUGCAAGGAUGGCGAGACGGCGAGCGUCGACGCCCUGGGGAUCGGCGGUGUCGGUGUCCAAGGCUCAGCCAGCCAAGCAACGACUGCCGAGGAUCGAGACGUCAGGACUUGGAUUCGUCGAGCCUGGAUCAUUUGGUGACGGGCAGCCGGUUGCCGCCCCGCCGGAGUAUACGGCGUCGCCUGUUCCUGGCACGAGGUGGAGGAGGAAGAGGAACUCUAUCGCAACUACGACGUUGAUGGCAGCUAUGAGGUCCCCGUCGCCGCCCCUGGAUCAGCACGGACACCCGAAUUCCUUCCACAGGUCCCGGACUCGGUUCGUUCAGGGGUCAGAGCCAUCGCUGCUGGACACGGAAACUGCACGGAAAAUUGCACGACCGCCGCCACUGGAGUACUCGAGCUCUCCGUCUGUGUCGCCGUCGUCUUUAGCGGGACGACAGCGGCACAAUCUCUUCCAGCAGCCGCCGACUAGUGUCCCUACUCCAGGUUCAGGAUUGAUUGCAGGAGUGCCGCCGCCGCCUUUCAGCGCAGGAGCUCGACCGACCUCCCGACGUGAUGAUCUUCGUAUUCAGGUGUCCAAGAAGAUGGCGGCCGCUGCCCCAGCGACGGCUGGAAACGCCGCCGUGCCCCGUGUCGUACCGAAGGUGCUGGAGUUUCAAGCGCCGGCGUCGCCCGUGGCGCAGAGAGACAUUCUCAAGCAACAGGAGUCGUUGCAGACGAUCUUGCAGCACAAGUUCGAGGAGGAGCAACUGCUCAAGCAGCAACAGGAGGAAUGGAUGAAGCAGCAUCUGAUACCAGUCGCGGAACAUCCUCCUGGGUCGUCCACACCGACUCCACCACUGUCCCCUAUCAAAGGCGACAAGAAGAAUACAGCAGACAUCGAUCUGGACGAUUUCCCUGUUCAAGCCCCGGUACUUUUGCGCACGCUCUCACUUGGAAUCAGCGAGCAGCGGACGAUACGACCGAGUCCACGACUCACAGCCGCCAUUCGAGCUUCUCGAGCUCGCCUCAACAGUUUUGAAGAGAAACCUGUUGAAAUGAAGCACCGCGAUGGCAAGGGGCUUCGGAAAACAGCAGCGCUCGUGCUGGGUCAGGCUAUUAAGCCGAAGGUCAGCAGCCCUGUCAAGCAGAACGAGCUCCGCACCUCGGACGAAAGUGUGUCAUCCACAGCAACGACGAUCGUCACUUGUCAUCGCCGCGUCACAACCUCGCUCUCUUCGGAGUCUGUUAGUUCUGUCGAUCUCUGCGAUUUUGUAGGAUACGAGGAGGAGGAAGACGACGCAGACGCGGUCACGUCGUACACAACCCCCGACUUGUACGGCUCAGCGGAGCUGCUUCGUCGUUCGCGUGAGGAUUCCACACUUCUGUACGACGCCAACCGCAACAGCAGCGGCGAUGCCAGCUCCCUGUAUGGAACACUGUCUCCACCACUGUCCACUACCACGUCAAGUUGUUCGCCUUCCAACGCAGCUGAUACGCGUCUUGGGUCGCCUCGCCGACGAAGAACCGAUACUCCGGACUCGUCCAGCUCAAGCAGCAACCAGCUCCUCAACGAAAGCCCCGUCCCGAGUCUCGACAAGUCGCUUCCUCUGGGCUCGCGGGUGUGGAGCCCCCGAGGUGGACACUUCGACCCGCAGUCUCCGUACAAGUCGACUGCGGCGUUCAAGAACAACCAGCAACCCCCUCCUCCGCUCCAGAAGCUCCGUCGACCAGCUCCAGAGCCCGAGGACGCAGAAGACCGUGAUGGCGCGUCGGAACUCCAGCAGCGACAGCCGUUUCGAAGACGUGCAUCCUUCCGCCGCCACUCGCUGACGCCGCUGUCGGGUAUCCCGUCGUUCUCUGACAGCAAGAGUCAAAGCUGA